AUGGGUGCCUGUGCCACCAUAGUUCAUGCUGUGGCUUCGCCCCUGCUCUUAUCAUCUAUGGAGAUCUACAAGACGCGAUCUCAAAUAGGAGCCGUUGAAACAUGCGUCUAUAUCUUGUUAAAGUUGCCUGAUCAUCCAUAUGCGAGCUGGUUUAGCCUUCGGACCAGACCUAAUAAUCAAAACCGAAGGAAACCGAGCUGGUUUAGCCUUUGGACCAAACCUAAUAUUGGGUUUAAGCGGGACUCGAGUGGAUUUUCGAUUGUUCCUAUACCUUCCUCUUCUGCCGAUCUAAAUCACAUGGGAACGGUUGGUCCGGAAAUCUACAUAACCUAUGGAUCCUACAAUAAGGAAUCUUCCUCGGUUCGGAUCUUUGAUUGUCGGAGUCACACUUGGCGUGAUGCCUCUAACAUGACCAUGGCUAGAAGGUAUGCAAACACAGUUUUACUCGAUGAGAAAAUAUAUGUGAUGGGAGGUUGCAACAUUGACAAGUACAAUGCCAACUGGAUUGACGUAUUUGACAUCAAAAGUCAGUCUUGGUCAGCCUUGCCGGGUCCUGGCGCUGAUGAAGGCGUGUUACUUAAUCAUUUAAGUGAGUACUACGAUUAUAUAGUUUAUGCGCUCCAAGGAAAAAUAUACGUAGAGACAGUUGACAAGGACUACACUUACGAGCCGAAAAAUGGUACAUGGAAACUUGUAAGAGAGAAAUCGAGUUCCAUAUCAGAUUCCAUACUUGCUUUGUGUGAGAUGGGGAAUGUAGUAUACUGUUGCACUGACACGGGGGUUUUAAUGUGGUGUGGCUUUGGUAUUGAGGGUAGAGAGUGGAGAGAGAUUAAGGGUUUGGAAAAGCUUUCUACAAGAGGUUUAAAAAAAGGGUCUCAUUUUGCUCUGGUUGGUUGUGGUGGCCAACUCUUAGUUAUGUGGGAUCCGUAUCCCAAUUCUCGUAUAAAACACAACAAAAUUUGGUAUGCCAAGAUUUCUUUAAAAUCAAGAUGCAAUGGACGUGAGGUGUGGGGCAAUGUUGAGUGUGUUGAUGUGCUUACCUUCCCUGUCGAAUCACAUGAAUGGUUUGAAUGUUUUGCUGCGUCCGUUUGAUGUCUCUCAGAGACGGUAUGAGUUUUUUAUCUGUUGCUUUGAACAUGCUCGUUUUUUUUCUUUGAGAGAGUAUUCAUCCCUUUGUUUUCACUUACAAGUGAAGUGACAUUAUCAUAAGCUUUUAAUUAAUUAU